AUGCGUUUCUCCGAGGUUUUCGCCGCCUCUUCGGUGGCUUCACUUGUUGCUGCCCAUGGCGGCAUCCAGGGAGCCCCUAAGCUCUUUGGCCUACCGAACGACAUCAAGAUCCGGAUGCCUUCUCCUCGAGCCGCUCGCGCUGCCACCGCUAUGGAGGGUCCCCACCACCUCCAGGCUCGUCAGGGAGGUGAUGCCAACAAUCGUUGCGGACCCAGUUUUGGCAACGCUGUCUGCGCUGCCGGCUACUGCUGCUCUGGAGCCGGAUACUGUGGAACCACCAAGGACCAUUGCAACGCUCCUGACUGCCUUUUUAACUUCGGCCCUGCUUGUGAUGCCAACAAGACCCCUGCUGGAGCCAGCACUCGCAACGAUGCUCGCCCCCAGAAGGGCAGUGUUGCCUACGGUGGUGCGGGCAUCUAUGCUUGCCGCACCCCUGGAACCGUUGCCAUUACCUAUGAUGACGGUCCAUACAUCUACACUGAUGAGGUCCUGAACAAGUUUGCUGCGGCGGGCUUCAAGGCUACUUUCUUCGUCACCGGUAUCAACCUCGGCAAGGGUGCCAUUGAUGAGCAGUGGAGCGGUGUCGUACAGCGCAUGGUCGCUGAGGGUCACCAGGUCGCUUCUCACACUUGGUCCCACCAGGACCUCUCUGCCAUCACCGAGGCUCAGGUCUACGACCAGAUGGUCAAGAAUGAGAUGGCCAUCCGCAACAUCAUCGGCAAAUAUCCCACCUACAUGCGCCCUCCUUACUCGUCCUGCACGGGCACUUGCCCGAGCGUUCUUCAGAAGCUUGGUUACGUCAUUGCAUACUUUGACUUGGAUACCGAUGACUACAACCAGCUCACCCCCGUCAAAAUUGAGACCGCUAAGAACAACUUCCGCAACGCUGUCAAUGGCGCCAACCCGGCCUCCCAGAGCAAGCUCGCCAUUGCCCACGACAUCCAUGAGCUUACCGCUCUCAACCUGACCGUUACCAUGAUCGAGACACUCCAGGCCCGUGGCUUCAGGGGUGUCACCAUGGGUGAGUGCAUGGGCGAGGCCGAGGCCAACUGGUACCGCGACUCUACUCCCGCUACCCCCGGUUCCUCAACUACUUCCACCUCCACUGGCCCUACCUCGACCCCCACCGGCACUAUCUCCACUGAUGGUACUUGCGGCACCCAGGGCAACAACCAGAUCUGCAUCGGCUCUGAAUUCGGCAACUGCUGCUCUCAGUACGGCUACUGCGGAAAGUCUACCGACCACUGCGGAACUAGCUGCAACACCCUCUUCGGUAAUUGUGGCACCAACGCUAACCCCAGCUCUGUCCCAACUGCUACCUCGACCUCUGCUCCUCAGCCUACUGGUGUUCUGACGCCUUCCAUUGACGGUACUUGCGGUGGCAGCUCCGGCUUUACCUGUGUCGGCUUCGUUCAUGAUAGUGCUAAGUCUGAGUGCUGCUCCCAGUACGGUUACUGCGGUGCUUCCACCGGUCACUGCGGAACCGGUUGCAACCCCCUUGCGGGUAACUGCGGCUCUGUAAGUUCUUCUGUCUCGUCUUCGGCUGCGCUCUCGUCGUCGGCCCCCGUUUCAAGCACAAACAAGGACGACUCCACCUCUUCCUCAGCAGCACAUACUCCUUCCGUUACUUUGACUGCGGUCCACUCUUCGUCGGCUACACCCCCAGUCUCUACCGAUAAGUCUGGCGAUAAGUCCAGCACAAUUUCUUCAAUUCACUCCGACUCUAGUUCUGCCUCGGACAAGCACGAGUUCAGCACAGCUUCUUCCAUCUUCCCCUCCGGCUCCUCCUCUGCCCCUGCCUCAGUCUCCAAGAACGAAGAACAUUUCAGCACCGUUUCUUCUAUUCACCCAGACGUUACGUCCUCUGCUUCCGACAAGCACGAGUCUACCACCGUUUCCUCUAUCUAUUCCAUCGGCUCUUCCUCGAGCUCUGUACCAACAAAGCCCAGUCAAACUAGCUCCGUCUACGCGGAUGACUACUCGACCGAAAAAUCCUCGUCUGCCGCCUCCCCGACCGUUAAGCACACUGAGGAGUCCACCUCCACAGCGUCCUCCGCCACCUCAUACACCGAACACCCCACCACAUUCGCCUCCUCGGUCAAGCCCGCCACCUCGACCCCUCACUCCACCUCGUCGACCCCGACGCCGACGCCUAUCAAGUCCGUCUCCCAGGACGGCAAGUGCGGCGGCAAGAACGGCCAAACUUGCGCCGGCUACAAGAGCAGCUUCGGCCUCAAGCUCGAGUGCUGCUGCAAGACGACCGGCCGCUGCUCCGCCGACCCCUGGGCCUGUACGGCUGGCUGCGACAAGAAGAACGGAAAGUGCUGGUACUAG